UUUAUAUGUCAGUUAACAAUUAGGUUCCUUCUCCUUCCUCAGUAGGCACAGAAGUAUAGUAACAUGUGCGAAAAGUUCUUCACAUUGUCUCUUCUCUUCCUUCUCUUGAUCUCCUCCACCUCAGCUUGUGAUAGAUGCGUCCAUCAGUCCAGGGCAGCUUACUUCUCCUCUGCCUCCACCGUCGCCGCCGGAGCUUGUGGGUAUGGAUCCAUGGCGAUGGGUUUCAAUGGAGGAUUUGUUGCAGCAGGAAGCUCGGUCAUUCACAGAGGAGGAAUCGGUUGUGGAGCUUGCUUCCAGAUAAGAUGCAAGGAUACAAGAGUAUGCACACGUGGAGGAGUAAAAGUGACCUUGACAGACCUUAACAAGAACAAUGACACUGGUUUCAUUCUCAGCAGUUCUGCUUUCAGGGGCAUGGCAAGAAAUGGCAUGGUGCAAGAUCUCAACAAACUUGGCAUUCUUGAUGUGGAAUACAAAAGGAUUCCCUGCGAGUACAAGAACCAGAAUCUAUCAAUCAGAGUGGAAGAAAACAGUAGAAGGCCGAACUACCUGGCCAUCAAGUUCAUGUAUCAGGGAGGCCAAACUGACAUAGUCGGAGUUGAUGUAGCUCGGGUCGGGUCAUCGAACUGGCAAUUCAUGAACCGAGAUCAUGGUCCAGUUUGGAGCACGAACCAAGCGCCAGUCGGAUCGUUGCAAUUCCGGCUAGUCGUGACCUCCGGCUACGAUGGCAAAUGGAUCUGGACGCGGAAUGCGGUCCUGCCGAUGGACUGGAAAACUGGUUCAGUAUAUGACUUGGGGGUUAAGGUCACUGAGAUUGCCCAAGAAGGGUGCAACCCUUGUCACAGACAAGACUGGGAAUAGUAGUGCCAGUUGCUUUCUUUUUCUCUCUUUGUUACUUACCUUUUUUUGAGGGAAACUUAAAAGGGGUGUUAGGCAUGUAUUGUAUCUUUGUGAUUGUCAAUGUCUCUGAUGGCAACACUAAACAGAAACAGCAAAGAUUUGAUACGAUAAGAAUCUGGUUAGAAAAAGACCCGUGGACUGCUUUCUUUGACAUUGCUCAGUCCAUUUGGGAUACUGUUUGUCAUGUGAAGACCUAGAAUUAGCUUAUGAAUGUAAAGUUUAAUGGAUAGAAAUUAAAGGGUAGCCUCUGUUCGCCAUCGUA